GACCACAGGCUGUGCGAGAUUUUGUUAUUGUUUGCUGCUUGAUCGAUGUGUCAUGUCGGAUGGGAGAGGUCUUCACACACGUGAUUCGCAGUCUAAACUUUUAUCGAAUAGCAGCGCUUCGAGCGGUGACGAAGCGGUGGCACAGAUUAGCGACAUGCGCUGUGUCGACUUCGAGAAAAGCGUCGUGCCCAACCGAGAUUACGUGUUUGUCAUUGAAGUGACGUGGAGUGACGGCAGAACAUUUCGCAUCAGACGCAAUCACGAAAAACUGUUCCAAUUUCAAUGUCAGUUGCUGGACGCGUUUCCACAACAAGCAGGAAGAGACGAGUCUUCUCGAAUCUUACCAUUUCUGCCUGGAAAGAAGCUGUUUCGAGGCAACAGCAAAAGCGUUGCCGUGCAGAGGUUUCCUAAGAUUCGAGAUUAUGUCGAGAAGCUCAAGUGUCUACCGGACGAGAUUGUGCAUAGUGACUUGGUGAGAGGCUUCUUCUCUCCUCAAGCAGAGGACACCGUCCGAUCGAGAAGUACGGAGGUUCUGAAUAAAUUUACGGACGACGUCAGCGGACAGAUGAAAAGUCAUACUUUACCAAGUGAUGCAAGACUGCCUGAUUCUGAUGAUGAAGAAGCAUUUACUGCAACACCAGCUAUGCAGAGUGAAUUCAGACUCUUGACCAUGUAGAAUCCUGUACAUUCAAGGAUCGAGUUGAUCAUAACUUUGUAUGUCUUCAUUCUUGGCUGAUAAAUUUUAGAGACAUUAUUUUUAUGGAAGCCAACUAUUGAAUGUGAUAUUAUAAUAAGAGGCACAUUGCC